AUGGGGUGGUUUCUGACCGGCACACUUGUUGGUCCUGCAUUUGGACCAUUUUUGGGUGGUAUUAUUGUAACAUAUUCGUCCUGGAGGAGUAUCUUUUGGCUUCAGACAGGACUGGCUGCUACCGGGGUACUCGGCGUGUACUUUGUUGUAUGCGAAACAGCCCAUCACCUCAAGAUCAACGAUCUGAAAAGCCUCUCGGGCAAGAAAAGGACACUGAAGGUUCUCGGCAUGAUCAGUCCGAUGCGAGUCUUGCGACUAUUUCGAUUCUUCAAUAUUGCACUGGUGGCUUGUGGUAGUGCAUCCUUAACAUGGAACAUGUACAGCCUCCUAACACCGGUCCGUUAUGUUUUGAAUCCCCGCUUCAAGCUCGACUCGCCGUUGCUGUCGGGUCUGUUUUACCUGGCACCCGGCUUCGGUUACCUGGUAGGGACUUUCGGAGGGGGGCACUGGGCGGACAUGAUGGCCAAGCGAUGGAUUAAGAAGCGUGGAGGUGUCCGUAUACCGGAAGAUCGACUUCGAUCUACCCUGCCUUUCAUGGGCGCAAUUAUGCCGGGAAGCAUGCUGGUAUAUGGCUGGACUGUCGACAGGGAGGUUGGGGGUAUUCCGGUGCCUGUUAUUGCCAUGUUCGUACAGGGCGUGGCGCAAUUGUUUUGCUUUCCCUCGUACAACACUUAUUGUCUCGAUGUCAUGCCUGGUCAUGGGGCAGAGGUGGCUGCAACCAACUUUUUCGCAAGAUAUCUGGUUGGAUGCAUCGCUUCAGCUGUGGUUCUGCCAGCAGUCGAAGCAGUCGGCAUCGGAUGGUUUUCGACCAUCUCAGCAGCGUACUUGAUAGGCUCAGCUCUGGCGACCAUGGCUGCAAUUCGAUGGGGGAAGGGCUGGCGAGAGAGAACUCAAGCAAGGCUAGAGGGUCCUAAGGAAGAUGAGAACGAGGCCAAAGCCGAUCAUGAUAUGUGA